CAUAGUUUUGAGUAUAUCGACGUGUUGAGAUCCGUGUGCAUUAAGAUGUGGUUGAAAUGUGGAUUGAUAAUUGUUACUAUUGUUUUGAAUAUAUAUCAUGCACCCAGGCUCCAGUUUUGAUAUCCAACGCAACAUCGGUGAAGGUAAACGAAGCCUUAAAAUUAACCUGCACACAUCCGACUGCAACAGUUGUAAGAUGGUUUCGUCAACCAGCAGGGAAUAGUACCUCAUCACUUAUCCUUGUAAUGGGUUACACUAAUAACGCUUGUGCCUUUGUACCACCUACCAUACCAGAUGAUUUUUCGACUUGUGUGUGCAGUGGAACGGGAUUUACGUGUAUAUUGAAACCUUUGAAAAUAAUUAAUCAUGAAGACAAGUGGAAGUGUUCGGUUUCAAUCAACACACAGGCAACAUUCAGUAAUGAAGUCACACUAAUAAUAACAGUUCCUGUAGUAUAUGCAACCCUGACCCCAGAAGUACCAGUAAUAUCCGUCCUACCCAACGUGCCUCUCAGCUACCUCCACUGUGUAUCAUCCGUCGGACGUCCAUCACCCAAUAUCACCUGGUAUUUGGACAAACUUACUCCUUCUGAUUACAGUGAUGAUGUUGACUUCUCUGUAUACAGCAGCAGUUCAACAUUGGCAGAUGUGACGACAAGCAGUCUAACAAUGACGCCUACCCUUUACUAUCAAGAUGCACGGGUAUAUUGUAAUGUCUCAAACGGAUUUGGACAAGUCAUGUCUAACAGGACUCUGAAGAUCAAUGUGUUGAGCAUUCCAACUAAGCCGACAAUAAUGUACAAUACGGCAUUUGUACCAUCAAAUAUAUCUGUAAUUCAACACAGUACCAUGACGCUAGAAUGUGCCUCGUCUGGCAACCCGGCGCCGAGCAUUUCGUGGGCUACAUUUAACGGCUCUCUAAUUAGCAGCUCGUUCAUAACAAUAAAAUUUUCAACAAGUAACGAGCAAGAACAAAUCGUAUGCAGAGCCAACAGUUUGCUGGAUCCAACGAAUGGAUCCAGGAUACCAGCUGAAAAUACAACAGCGUUAAAUGUGAAUAUUUUAUAUCCGCCGUCUGCUCCGUCCUGUCAAAUCAAAACUUUUCCGAUACUAUCAAACAGUAUACGGGCUGUCUUCAAUGAACCCUUUACAAUGACGUGUACCAGCAAAAGCAAUCCUCCUCCGUCACGGUAUACAUGGACGCUGCCAUAUGAUGUAAAGCAGAAUGGGUCACAGCUUUCAAUUCAACGUAUGCAGCCAAGCAAUAAUUUUCGAUACACACUUGAAGUGGUAAAUGAAAUGAAUGCAACUCUCGCACGGGAUGUUGUUUACGGAAAUAUCACUGACUACUACACAUUUGAAAUUUUAUAUCCAGUGACCAAUCUUUCUAUCUAUCACCGUGGGCAAGCCAAUCAACACAUAAACAUUCCAACUAUAAGCGUUAUUAAAGGUCGAGAGGUCAGUUUCGGAUGCAAUGCUUUUUCUAAUCCGGCAUCGCGUUAUUCGUGGAUAUUAAGUGGUGUUAUAGUUGCAAACGGAACUAAAUGGAACAUCAGUUUUGUCGACAACACUAUCAUUGGGUGUAUUGCAACAAAUACACUCGACCCUACUGGAGUAGAAGCUAGGGACACUUCAAGUUAUUCGAAUGUUUCCGUCAAUGUAUUGUUUGCACCUGAGGCGCCAAAAUGUACUUUCCAAACGUGUGAAACGUAUUCCGAAACAAAACAUCUUAAGGUGAUCCGUGGCCAUUCCGUCUCGGGUAGAUGCACGUCGAAGAGUGAACCGGGUUCAAAGUUCUUAUGGACACCGGUCAAUAGUGGAAUUGAUGAUGGCUUCUUUAUCAACAACGUCAGUAGACACCAAAGUGGCAACUACACUUGCAUAGCCAAUAAUGAAAUGCACACAACAUUCGAUGGGAUUAUAAAUGGAACAAAUCAGUCCAGUUUUUAUCUAGACGUCUUAGCAACAGCAUAUGCUAUGUUCGUUGGCAAUUAUACGGUUUUAUUGAACACAACGUUAUCUGUAACUUGUCCCUUCACGGCUGGAAACCCACCGGAGACGAGAUUCACGUGGUUCCACGGAAAUACUUUAACAAUUGGAUCUCAACAAAAUAUUUCGCUGUCGAGUGUGAAGCUCUCAAACGAAGGGUACUACAAAUGUAGAGUUAACAACACUAUGGAUCCUACUGGUUGUGCCACCCAGGAUGAAUACACAGAAACAACAUUUUACGUGGAUGUGCAAUGUGAGUAA